CCAGAAGUGGGUGGGGUCAAAAACUGUAAACAUGCAGGGUUGCUAGUAGCGUUAGUCAGUCAGCAGCACCCGAUCUAAAGAUCAACUAAAACGUUUCUUUGUCGCAAACAAUAAUGCGAAACGCAAAAUGCGAUGCUAUCUUCACGCAUUUCUCCUGUGCGUGGUCUUCACCUUCUUCUCGUUGUUGUAUGUCUUCAGUCAGCUAGCCUCCACCUUGGAGGACCGCGGCGAGUGGGGAGGAGUUGAUGACGGUACACCCGGCAGGAGCGCUCAGGACACCGGCCACGUCCUCAGGAAAACACCGAGUCUGGCAGGCCUCGGAGACCGCGAACCGGGACUGGACAGGUGUAAAUCACUGUCAGUUUCUUACUGGAAACCAUAUUGGAGACUGCCUGCUGAUGUUUGUGGAGUGAACUGCUUUUUGGAAUCGUCUCUUAGUGACAGAUCAGGCUCGGUUGCCAAGGAACAUCACGAUGAGAGGAGUCACCUGGCUGUGGUGGCCUGUGGCCCCAGGCUGGAGGAGACUCUCACCAUGUUGAAGUCUGCGUUACUCUUCAGCCAAAAGCCGCUGCACUUCUACAUCUUUGCUGAGGAUGAGCUACAUGAGAGCUUCAGAGAUGCACUGGAAUUGUGGCCAAGAACAUUUCAAGCAAAAUUCACCUUCACCAUCUAUCCAAUCACAUUUCCCAAGAAGAAUGCAGAAGAGUGGAAAAAGCUUUUCAAGCCUUGUGCCUCUCAGAGACUCUUCCUCCCACUAAUCCUAAAGGAAGUGGACUCGUUGCUUUAUGUGGACACAGACAUUCUUUUUCUGCAGCCAGUUGAAAACAUCUGGGCCCUGCUUUCUCGGUUCAACACCAGCCACCUGGCUGCCAUGGCUCCAGAGCACGAGGAGCCUCGGAUUGGAUGGUACAACCGUUUUGCUCGCCACCCUUACUAUGGCAAGACGGGCAUUAACUCAGGGGUCAUGCUCAUGAACAUGACAAAAAUCAGGCAAAAAUUCUUCAAGAAUGACAUGACAGCCUUUCCACUGACGUGGGAGGAAAUUUUGAUGCCUCUUCUCCAAAAGUAUAAACUCAAUAUCACCUGGGGUGACCAGGACCUUCUUAAUAUCAUAUUUUAUCAUAACCCAGAAAGCCUGUUUGUGUUCCCUUGCCAGUGGAACUACCGUCCAGACCACUGUAUCUAUGGCAGCAAUUGUCAACAGGCUGAAGAAGAAGGUGUCUUUAUUCUCCAUGGUAACAGAGGAGUUUAUCAUAAUGACAAGCAGCCAGCUUUCCGAGCUGUCUAUGAGGCCAUCAAAAAGUACCCCUUUGGAGAAAACAUGGAGACCUCACUGCUUCAGCCGCUGGAAGCAUCAUUGCAGACAACCACAAAUACCUACUGUGGCAGAGUAAGUCAUCUGUUUACCAAGAAGUUAAAACAGAGCAUCAGUUCUGUUCAUCAAGAGAAGAUGAUGGACAUCACCAGCAAAUAAGAGUCCAUUAUUUGUGCCUAUUGUUCAAUUGUUGACUUUGUGUUUUGCUCCUGUGGAGAUGACAAGCUGGAUGUCACUUAACAUGAAAUUGUUUACAAAUGUGAUUAUAAUUGGACAAAAGUUAAAAAAAAACUGGGAUUGGAUUUAUUCUAAAUGUAUUUAUAUGAAUCAACUUUUGGUACUUAUCUGUUCACUGAACGCAAUCAGGUUACAGACAUUUAUUGACUUUGCCCUGCAGAGAUUAUGAACUUUGUGUUGAUGCAGAUGACUCUCCUUGAUUUUUGACAAUCUGUUUGUACUUUUGAUCUAUUUUUAGAGAAAACUUGAACUCUGUUUGGGGUUUUAUGAGAAAAAAAGGCUUUGACUUACGGAUUAUUAUUUAAAAAUUUUAAUAUAUUUCUGCACACAACUUGUCAUAUUUGGUAAUGACUAGAACAAAUCCUCUUAUUGAAUAAGACACACUGAUUGUCAGAUUUUAUUUUUGUCACACUUUGUUCAGUAUUUGUUUUUGUCGGACGUCUGUGAUGUAUACCAGAAGAAUUGAAUAAGUGGUUUUUAUUUCAAACACUCCAGUAUACAUCCCUUGUUGUACUUUGGGAAAUCUAAUCUUUUCAUUUACAUUAGCCAUAAAAAGUAUUUUCUUUUAAUUAGUGAAAUAUAGGGAGUAAAGUUUAAUCAAAUUAAACUUUUUAGUAGGUAUACUAUAUGUUUGCACAAUUAAAGGGGACAUAUGCAAAAUUAAGUUUUUAGCCGUUAAAUAUACAGUAUUUUGUUGUGUACUUG